GGUAGCGGCGGGGCAGGCGGCUCGAGCGGCCGCUCCGCUCCUUCCAGCCGAGUUUUAGCAAAAAGAAGGAGGGACGGAGGAAGCAGCAGCAGCAGCAGCAGCAGCAGCAGCAGCAGCAGCAGCAGCAGCAGCAGCAGCAGCAGCAGCAGGGACUGGCUCCUGCUUUCUCCCCCCAUGUGAGCCGGGACGAUGCUGCCGCUGCUGCUGCCGCUGCUGCUGGGCGCCCGCGCGCUGAGCGCACCCCCGGGGGACACGGCGGUGGUCACCCCGCUCCGCCUCGACCCCGACAUCAACGGGCGGCCCUACUUCAGGCGCGGCCCCGCCGAGGCCGUGGUGUUCCAGCUGUCGGCCUUCGGGGAGGAUUUCUACCUGCACCUCUCCCCCGACGCCGGAUUCAUCGCCCCCGCCUUCGCCGCGCACUACCUGGGCUCCGCGCCCGGUGCCUCCCGUCCCCAUCACCUCCGCCACUGCUUCUACUCGGGGGAUGUCAACGCCGACCAAGAGUCCUUCGCCGCUCUCAGCCUCUGCGGGGGGCUCCGGGGGGCUUUCGGCUACCGGGGAGCCGAGUACACCAUCAGCCCGCUGCCGGGAGCGGAGCACGGGGGGGCUCACCGCCUGCAGCGCCGCAACGUCGCCCACCCCCUGGGUACCUCCGCGUCGCGCUGCGCGGUGGGCUCCGGGCUCACCCCCGGCGUGCUGCAGGCUCUGGAGAAAUACCGGGGGAGAGCGGCCGGCGGGAAGGCAGGAGGGAGAACCAAACGCUUUGCCUCCGUGCCCCGGUACGUGGAGACCUUGGUGGUGGCCGAUGAGUCCAUGGUGAAGUUCCACGGGGAUGACCUGCAGCACUACCUGCUCACCCUCAUGGCCACGGCCGCCCGUCUCUACAAGCACCCCAGCAUCCGCAACCCCAUCCAGAUCUCCGUCGUCAAGUUCCUCCUCAUCGGGCAGGACGACAAAGGGCCCAAAGUCACCAGCAACGCCGCUCUCACCCUCCGCAACUUCUGUGCCUGGCAGAAGAAGUGGAACAAAGUCAGCGACAAGCACCCCGAGUACUGGGACACCGCCAUCCUCUUCACCAAGCAGGACCUGUGUGGUGCCACCACCUGUGACACGCUGGGCAUGGCCGACGUGGGCACCAUGUGCGACCCCAAGCGCAGCUGCUCCGUCAUUGAGGACGAUGGGCUGCCCUCAGCUUUCACCACUGCCCACGAGCUGGGCCACGUCUUCAACAUGCCCCAUGACAACGUGAAGGCCUGCGAGGAGGUCUUUGGCCGGCUGAAGACCAACCAUAUGAUGUCUCCCACCCUCAUCCAGAUUGACCGUGCCAACCCCUGGUCAGCCUGCAGUGCUGCCAUCAUCACCGACUUCCUUGACAGCGGCCACGGAGACUGCUUGCUGGACCAGCCCUCCAACCCCAUCCCACUGCCCGAGGACCUGCCGGGGACGAGCUACAGCCUGAACCAGCAGUGCGAGCUGGCCUUCGGCGUGGGCUCCAAGCCCUGCCCCUACAUGCAGUACUGUGCCAAGCUCUGGUGCACCGGCAAAGCACGCGGGCAGAUCGUCUGCCAGACACGGCACUUCCCCUGGGCUGAUGGCACCGGCUGCGGGGAGGGACGCUUCUGCCUGAAAGGUGCCUGCGUGGAGAGGCACAACGUCAGCAAGUACAGGGUGGAUGGCGGCUGGGCCAAGUGGGCGCCCUACGGGACGUGCUCGCGGACGUGCGGCGGUGGGGUGCAGCUGGCCAAGCGCGAGUGCACCAACCCUGUGCCCGCCAACGGGGGCUCCUACUGCGAGGGCGUCCGCGUCAAGUACCGCUCCUGCAACCUGGAGCCCUGCUCGGCUGCAGUGCCAGGAAAGAGCUUCCGAGAAGAGCAGUGUGAGGCAUUCAAUGGCUACGGCCACAGCACCAACCGUCUCACUGCCUCCGUCUCCUGGGUCCCCAAAUACUCUGGCGUCUCACCCCGGGACAAAUGCAAGCUCAUCUGCCGGGCGAAUGGCACGGGGUACUUCUAUGUGCUGGCACCCAAGGUCGUGGAUGGCACCCCGUGCUCCCCAGACUCCACCUCAGUCUGUGUCCAGGGCAAAUGCAUCAAAGCGGGCUGUGAUGGGAAGCUGGGCUCCAAGAAGAAAUUUGACAAAUGCAGUGUAUGUGGAGGAGACAACAAGAGCUGCAAGAAGGUCUCAGGCUUAUUCACCAAACCCAUGCACGGCUACAACUUUGUGGUGGUGAUCCCCGCCGGAGCCUCCAACAUCGACAUCCGCCAGCGGGGCUACAAGGGGCUGAUCAGCGACGACAACUACCUGGCACUGAAGAACGGGCAGGGCAAGUAUCUGCUGAACGGGCACUUCAUCGUCUCGGCCGUGGAGCGGGACCUGAUGGUGAAGGGCAGCGUGCUGCGCUACAGCGGCACCGGCACCGCUGUUGAGAGCCUGCAAGCCUUCAAACCCAUCCAGGAGCCUUUGACUUUGGAGGUGCUCUCCGUGGGGAAGAUGACCCCACCCCGGGUGCGCUACUCCUUCUACCUCCCCAAGGAGAGCAAGGAGGACAAAACCUCCUACAAGAAGGAGGGCAAAGCUCCUCCGGACCUCAACAACAGCGUCCUCAGCUUGUCCAACCGCUUGGAUGGGGGCAGGCCGACCUACAAGCGUCCCUCCUACAAGUGGGCGGCGGGCGGCUGGGAGGCGUGCUCUGUCACCUGUGGCAGCGGGCUGCAGAAGAGGGCUGUGGCUUGCCAUGACUCCUAUGGCCACCCAGCCUCUGAGUGUGAGGCUGCCCAAAGGCCGGCCGAGGUGCGGUCGUGCGGGGAGCCCUGCCCGGCGUGGGAAGCGGGACCGUGGGCUCCUUGCUCCAAGAGCUGUGGGAGAGGCUUCAAGAGGAGGAUGCUGAAGUGCGUGGCCUCCGGUGGGAGGCUGCUGCCCAGGGAGAGUUGCAGUUUUCGGAGGAAGCCGCAGGAGUUGGAUUUCUGCACCUUGAGGCCGUGCUGAGCUGUGCCGGUGAGGAUAGACAUGGUGUCUCUCGGGCAGCGGCCAGGGGUUGGGAGAAGGGGAGAUGUCCAUAGCACAUACCAAAUGAGGGUAAAAAAGGGAAAACAAACGAACAAACAAAAAAUAACGGGACCUGGGCGCGGGGAAGGGCGCGCAACCAGGUGAUGAGAGGGCUUUCACCGAGCAGGUUGCUCGGAGGUGAGCAGGAACCAACCUACCUCGAAGCUGCCGCACACGCGGGGACCCGCGGCUGGGAGCCGGAGGACAGACGGACAGAAAUCACUGCCAGGAUGGCUCUGGGGAUGCACAGAGGGGACACCCCCGCACGGCACAGCCAACACCUGCCUCGUCUUCCCAGGGCCAAGCCUACCUCCCCCUUCCCAUUUUCCGCGUGGGACCAAGUGGAUUUACUGACACGACGAUGGCAAGUUGUACUGUCCAACAGGGUGCUGGGUUUUGUAGGGACUGUCACCUUCAGGGCCUGCAAGCAGUGACUUCACAGCUGCGCUCGCCAACGGGGAGCCCAAGUGCCAGGCUGGGAGGUGGUGCCUCAAUUCUCAUUUUCUCCUCAUGUUCAUGAUCUGACCAGUGUAUACUUUAUGGUGCUCAACUCUGUGUUGUUGUUUAACCUCCUCCCCAUGCUGGAUGCAAACCUGGCACGGAGGGGAUAGCAUUGCUUCCAGCAGAGCCCCUCCUGGGGCUGAGGUUUUCCUAUGGUGCUUUGGGGAGGCUGAGACUGGCUCUUGGCUAAAUGGGCACCCAGAGCACAGCCAGAUGCUCUUUACACCCUGGUGCAGGGCGGGGUGUAAAGCUCUUUGGGGCCAAAAGGGAUCACGAUGGAGGUGCAAUGUGAGUGAUAAUUGCAGAAAUAACCAACUGUACUGUAGCAUCGUGGUGCUGUGCCUGGGAGCAUCCCUGCCUGUUGCUGGUGCUCGACUCUGCUCUGGAAAUGGUGCUAGCAGGGCCUGCAUGCCAUGCCCAGGCACCCUGCUGCCUGCUCCACUCCAAGCUUCAGGGUUAUUUCGCUCUGCAUUAACCUCCAGCUAUGUUCUGAGCUAGAAUGUGGCUUUGGGGCUGUCCUGACCCUCCUGCUCCUGCAGAGCAUCCACAACCAGCUGCAUCCUCCUGGGUUUUGUGCUACAGCUCAUUCCAUACCUCCGCUGUAUCCAGAGGCUGCCUUACCUCACCACAACCCUACCACACACCUUCCCCCAUAAGCCUCCUGCUCAGACUAAACCAUCAGGGAUCAUUUCACAUUUUGCUUUCCUGCUGCUGAAGGUCCCUUGGAGGGAGCUUGCUGUUGACCUCUUGAUCAAGACAUGUCACUAUUGGGAAGAGCAGAAGGGUCGAUCCCAGCUUUUGGGUAGGCUGCUGCCUCAGCAGUGGGAUGCUUGGAGGCUGCUCAGUGCAUGUGGAAGCUCUUCAUGCUCCACCAAGCAGCGGUCAGCUGUGCACGUGGUCAGAGGGGUCCCAAGGAACAGCACAAACGUUCUCGUGGAGACCUUUCCCACCAGCUUAGCACAUUUCUCGUGAUACUGUUUGCAGACCCACCCUCCCUGGAUUCGUGUAAUGCCUUUUUGAGCACAAUAAUAUUUCUGGUCUCCACGAUGCUUGAUAGAGCCAGGAGCAGAUGUUGUGGUUGCUUUGCACAGCGGGGACGGGAUUUAAUGUUCUAGGAAAUCCCUUCCAGGUCUACAUUCCCAUGAAUGCAUCAUCCAUUUUCUGGACAGUUUUCCUGCGUAGCCGAGCCUGCAGAGCUUUCGUUUGGGGACAGAGCUCCAAGGAGCUGCCCUUUGCGUCCUGCCAUCACAUGGGUGGUUUCCAAGCCACAGAGAAACUGUCGUCCUCGUCCGAUGGGGGGAAGGAUGGGGUGGGAGGGAUUUCUUGAGUGCAGUUCUUUUGCCAAGUGUGCAGCAAAAGGAUGGAGAUGCCUAUUGUACUGGCUGCUUUGUGUAUACCAUGUAUACUAAACAUCAAUCUCUGCUGUUUGUGCAUCAAUAGCAAACCUGAAAUAAAACUGUAUUUAAAGACCCA